UUACGAGAGACCGGGACUGGGGACGAUAUCCUGCUCUUUUCCGGAAUAGUCAGAGCCCAGCCCGGAGGCCGCCGGGCCCGGCCUCGACGCCACCGUCAGCUCUCGCUGGGCCCCGGGACCGGGGGCCUCCGUCUCGGCCCCCGCAUCGCUCCUGGUCCUCGCCGGCUCCGGCGAGCAAGAGCCUGGGUGUGGGAGUCGGCCCUUGGCCUCCCGAACGACAGCACCGCCUCCUCACCCCUCUCCUUCUGGGCCCGCCCUCUGCGGUUCACCUGGCCGUUGCCAAAUCCAGCAGAGACCUGGCCUCAGAGUGGAUGUAGCGUGGCAGUGGAAAGCAUUAAUCCCUCCAGCAGAGCCGUUGCCUACAACCAAGACUUUGAGAAGCCUGGACUCUUGGGUCCGUGGAUCCGAUCCCUGUGUUCCGAUUGUUUUGAUGGUGACCGGAGCUUCGAGGACACAGGUCUGGCAGCAGGCAGAAGCCAACGCGAGAAGAAGCGUUCUUACAAGGAUCUGUUGAGGGAAGAAGAGGAGAUUGCGGCUCAGGUCAGGACGUCCUCCAAGAAGAGGUUGAAGGAUAGUGACCUCUUCUUCCUGGGGACGGACACUCACAAGAAGAAGAGGAAGCACUCUUCGGAUGACUUCUACUAUGGAGACCUUUCGCCUCUGGAGCCGUCACAGAAGAAAAAGAAAAAGGCGGUCUCCAGCCCGCCGUCCACCGACACGGCCAUGGACCUGCUGAAGGCCAUCACUUCGCCGCUGGCCACGGGCUCCAAGCCCUCCCGCAAGACCGGAGAGAAAUCCUCCUUCUCCUCCUUCAGUUCCUCGAGCUACUCGGAAAGCAAGAAGGAGCACCACAGGAAGAAAGGCAGCGGAAGCAGCGGAGAGCUCUCCCUAGACGACGGCGGCGGCUACCACAAGUCCAAAAAAAUGAAGCCGCUGUACGUGAACACGGAGACGCUGACCUUGCGGGAGCCGGACGGCUUGAAGAUGAAGCUCAUCCUGUCGCCCAAGGAGAAGGGAGGCGGCGCAGCCGACGACGAGGCCUUUCCCUACCCUCCCGCCCAAGGCGCCGCCAAAAAAUCCUCCAAGAAGUCGGCGCGGGACGAGCAAGGCGCUUUCCUCCUGGGCCACGAACUGCAGAGCUUUCUGAAGACCACCCGGAAGAAGCACAGGUCGGUCUCGGACCCACACCCGCCUCCCCAUCCCGCCCCCGAAGACUUCAGGGCGGACGCCUCCCUCUUCUCGGAACGGCACGGGGCCGACUACGAGCUCUCCGGCCUGGAACCGGGCCCGGAGUCGGCCUCCUCCUCGGGCGGGGAGCUCGAGGCCGGGGAGCUAGUCAUUGACGACUCGUACCGCGAGAUCAAGAAGAAGAAGAAGUCCAAGAAGAGCAAGAAGAAGAAGGACAAGGAGAAGCACAAGGAGAGGAGGCACUCCAAGUCCAAAAGAAGUGCAGGGGUCUCCUCCGGGGGAUCGGCGGGCGACGAAGUCACCGUGGCCCCCAGGCCCCCCCCCAGCACCCCCUCCUACCCCCUCGCCGCACCUCCUCCUCCUUCUUCCCCUCCCCCUCCCCCUCCUCCUCCUCCUCCCCCCCCGCCGCCGGUCUUCCAUCCAGACGGACAGAGUGAGAAGAAGAAGAAGAAAGAAGAGCGGGAGAAAGAGAAGACCGAAAAAAUCGAAAAGCCGAAAAAGAAGAACAUGUCGGCCUACCAGGUGUUCUGUAAAGAGUACCGGGUCACAAUUGUUGCCGAGCAUCCAGGAAUAGAUUUUGGGGAACUUAGCAAAAAAUUGGCUGAAGUGUGGAAGCAGCUACCAGAGAAGGACAAACUGGUUUGGAAGCAGAAAGCCCAGUAUCUGCAACACAAGCAGAACAAAGCAGAAGCCACAACCGUGAAGCGGAAAGCAGCUGGCCCGGAGGGCUCCGUGAAAGCGAAAGCCUCUCCCGUAGGAGUAUUGUCUCCCCACAAGAAGUCCCCGGCCAGCACCGUGGUCUUCUCUUCCUCGCCAGCCAAAGUCCCCGAGACGGAGCCGAUCGAUGUAGCGGCACAUCUUCAGCUGCUGGGGGAAUCCCUCAGCCUCAUCGGCCACCGCCUCCAGGAAACCGAGGGGAUGGUGGCUGUGUCCGGGAGUCUGUCGGUGCUCUUGGACUCCAUUAUCUGUGCCCUCGGGCCCUUAGCGUGUCUGACCACCCAGCUGCCUGAGUUGAACGGUUGCCCCAAGCAAGUCCUGUCAAAUACACUAGAUAAUAUCGCGUACAUCAUGCCUGGACUCUGACAGCUAAGGCCCCCACUGGACAGACACCUUCCUCUUGGCCGGCUCGUGUACAUAUGGACUAUUCCGGGUGCUCUCCUGGGGCUCCGGAUGUAGGUUUUUAAAAUUUUUACAAAAUGUAUAUAAUAUAUACAUAGGAUUGUAACUAUUUUACUUUUAAUAAUUUUAUGAAGAAUCGCCACGCUUCCGUCCGGAAUUCUCGACCGGAGGCCCGGAGGUGGGGUUUUGUUGUUGUCGGUUGUUGUUUUUCCUGGGGUGGAUAAAUCUGCCUUAAAAAUCGAAGUAACUACACGUUCGGGGCCGGGGAGGCGACGGAGGGGAGGGUCGUUCCGGGCGGCCGAAGCCCCCCAACCUUUUCUGAACCGGUAUUUACCACCAGACUCAUCGAUGACCAUUUGCCUUAUCUUUCAUAAAGUCCGAAGUGUAACGGGCCGGAAGGGAGCGAGGAGGGACUGGGGAUUCCGAGCUGUCGAGCUUGAGAUCACCACCGCGGGACUGGGCGGGCGGGACCCGGCAACCUUUUCUGUGUCCCGUCCGUCGAGGGACCCCAUUCCGAUGCUUCGCGGGCCCGGGGGUGGCGAGGGGGGCGGACCCUUCUAGAGGCAGGUGCCCCGGGGAGGGCGAGCCCUGCCCACCGCAGCUUCAGGCGGAUCCACCCCUCGCGGGAGGAGAUGCCACGUCGGCAGAAGCCUUGGGCUCCAGGCCGACUAAUCUGGGCCCGUCCCUUCUCCUGUAGCCCGGGGCGGGGGAUGUUCUUGCAGCCCCCCGCAAGGAAAACCUUCAGGUUUUCCCACCCCCGGCCCCGUGUCUGGCACUACACCCCAACACCCAACGGGCUCUUCCGACCCCACUUGACGCCGCGUCCGGACGGAGGUCUCCGCAUUCUGCCGCUGUCGCGUUCCACCAACGAAGAACAGCGAAAACCCACGUGGCGGCCGAGCCGACUUACCUUCCAUCGGCAGGGUGGGAAAAAUAAUAAUAAUAACAAGAGUAGCCCCUGAUUCCUCCAAGUGGCGAGCUGAGCUGCUCAUUGGCAGCGGAAGACAGCUGUCUCCGGUUCAUCUGAUCCGGCCUCCUGCCGCCAGGUGGUCUUCCGCCCUCCCCUCUCACGUGAGUUGCAGGAAAGCACUUGAUUUUCAUGUAGGGUUUCUAUGUGGGUGCGUGUCUGAUUUCUUUUUUUUUUUUUUUUUAAAUAUAUGUAUUUAACUCUUAAUCUGUUGGGUUUUAAUUUAUCCUGUAAAUUUCUGUAUAUAUAAUUUAAAAGCAAAAACCUCCACUAGCAACAGCGCGUGGAAGAUAAGAAUCGAACGGCCGUUCUCCCUCCCGUCUCUUCCCCGGCCGUCACCCCCCCGCCCUCCAGCGUGCUCUGGGAUUCUCACACCCCGGGCGUCGGCUCUUCCGAGGUCAGGUCAUUUUCAUUCAUUCGGUCGUAUUUAUUGAGCGUUCGCUGCGUGCGGAGCACUGGCCCGAGCGCCUGGAGAGCGGCCGGCGUCGUGCCGCCUCACGGAGGACGUCCCGGCCGAGAGCGACGUAGGGAGACGGAAACGAAAAGAGGUUGAAGCCUUCGCGCCGUCCCCCAGCCGGAGAUUUCCUUUCCGGGAGGAGAGAAGGCAGCGGAGAUCUGGUUCGGUUUGAGUCUGAGGGACAGCUCUGCUCUCUGACAGGACCCCGUCCGUGGGGAAGGAUUAGCUUUAUCCUACUUCGAACCCCUUCCUGUGCACAGCGGUGCUCUUGGAGAUGGGCUGAGGUGGAAAAGUUGGGGGGAAAGCGAGGCAGGAGAAACACAAAUCGUGGCCUGAUUUCUGGGUGAUUCGAUUCUGAAACGGUGAAUGUGCCUCGAUUCUGGCUCCUCAGAGCGCAUUACGGAGGGAACUGGAAGCUUCGAGCCUGGAUCUAGGAAACAGGAAAAGGUCAAUUCUAACUUUGCCAUCCUUAUACUAGUGAAAUAUUGGGGCGAGGAAGUUCUGUUUUUAAACCAACCCCUAUGGAUUUGUAUUUAAAAUUUGUACACGUUUGUAUAAUAAUCUGUACCGUGUGGCAUUUGGUACCGCUAGAGAGGAAGCUUGGGACGGAGACCUACGUACUGUUUUUAUAUCCUUUUAUUUUGGUUUUCUUUUUUAAAUAAAUCCUAGUGGUUUGGUUCGGAUUCCAUUGCUGUUGUAUAAAGAACUAAAAUUUUGUACUUAUAUAUUAAAAAGGAAAAAAACCGACAUUUCUAA